CUGGCUGAUUUGAUGAUACAUUUGGUCAUGGCGUGCAGACAGAAGGGAGCGUGUGGGAGCCCCUCAAGCUGGUUUAGAGCAGAUUGGAGCACCUACAGGUCACUUUCUUUAUUCUUCAUCCUUGUGACUUCAGUGAGCUCAACAGGUGCUUUUCAGUUGGGAGAUCCUGUCUUCCCAGGUACUGUCAUUUGCAAUGAAAAUAGAAUGGUAGUGGAAUUUCCAAGCAAUCUGGGCGCCGAAAAAUGGCAUGCAUCUGUGGUGGAUCCCACUAGUUUUAAAUCAUGGAACUGCAUUUCCAUCCUGGACUCAGAAAAGCUCACCCUGAAUGUCCCAUAUGAGACCUGUACCAAGAGAGUGCAUGGCCAGCACCUGAUUGCCAUCGGUCUCCUGGACAACACUACUGCUUUACCAUCUACGACUUUCAUAUAUCACAUCAGAUGUCCAGUUGCACAAGCAGAAGAAACCCAGGAGCAUGCCGGAUCCACUAUCUGCACAAAGGAUUCCAUGUCUUUUACCUUCAAUGUUAUUCCAGACAUGGCUGAUGAAAAUUCGGAUUCCAAGACUCUGCUGAGAUGGAUCUUGGAGAUUGGUGACGGUGCAAAAGUCCAAACUCUGACUUUGCAGGAGGCUGUGACCCGAGGAUAUAGUAUCUUCUUCGACGAGAAACAAAAGCUGAGCAUCCAAAUGCCAUUCAAUGCCAUCGGAGUGACUGACUAUGUGCAAGGUAACAGGCACCUCUACACUGCACCUCUGAAGUUGAUACAAGAAUCUACUGGGCAGAAGCUCAUCUUAACAACACGAGUGCUUUGUAUAUCAGAUCCCGUGAACUGUAAUGCCACACAUGUGACGGUCACCAUACCGGAGUUUCCUUGGAAGUUGACCUCUGUGAGCUUUGAAAACAGGAGCUUUGCUCUAAGCCAGCUGCAUGACCAUGGGAUCCAUAAGGAAGAAUCCAAGGGCUUGAGAUUGCACUUCAGCAAAACCCUACUCAAAAUCAAAUCCUCUGAAAAAUGCCUACCCCAUCAGUUCUACUUAGCUUCACUCAAGCUGACCUUCACCUUCAAACGUGAGACUGUAUCAAUGGUAGUUUAUCCUGAGUGUGUCUGUGAGUCACCGGUUUCUGUAGUUAUAGGUGACCUGUGCAACCAGGAUGGGUUUAUGGAUGUCAAGGUCUACAGCCACCAAACAAAACCAGCUCUAAACUUGGAUACCCUCAGGGUGGGGGACUCAACCUGCCAACCUACCUUCAAGGUUCCAUCUCAAGGGCUGACAGUGUUUCAUAUCCCCCUGAGCAGAUGCGGAACAAGACAUAAGUUCAAGGACGACAAAGUCAUCUAUGAAAAUGAAAUACAUGCUCUCUGGGCAGAUCUCCCUCCACGCACAAUUUCCAGAGAUAGUGAAUUCAGAAUGACUGUGAGGUGCCAUUACAGCAGAGAUGACCUGCUAAUAAACACUGAUGUCCAAAGCCUUCCUCCUCCAGUGGCCUCUGUGAGGCCAGGUCCACUUGCCUUGAGCAUGCAAACCUACCCAGACCAAUCUUACCUUCGACCUUAUGGGGACAAGGAGUACCCUGUGGUGAGAUACCUCCGCCAACCAAUUUACCUGGAACUAAGAGUCCUUAAUAGGGCUGACCCCAAUAUCAAGCUGGUCUUAGAUGACUGCUGGGCAACACCCACUGUGAACCCAGCCUCACUUCCCCAGUGGAAUAUUAUCAUGGAUGGCUGUGAAUACAAUCUAGACAACCACAGAACUACCUUCCAUCCAGUUGGUUCAUCUGUGACCUAUCCUAAUCACUAUCAGAGGUUCGAUGUGAAGACCUUUGCCUUUGUAUCCGAGGCCCAAGUGCUCUCUAGCCUGGUCUACUUCCACUGCAGCGCGUUAAUCUGCAAUCAACUUUCUCCAGACUCCCCUCUGUGUUCUGUGACUUGCCCUGUGUCAUUCAGACACAGGCGAGCCACAGGUACCACUGAAGAAGAGAAAAUGAUAGUAAGUCUCCCGGGACCCAUCCUCCUGUUGUCAAAUGGCUCUUCACUCAGAGAUGCUGUGGACUCGAAACAGCCCAAGGCUGCCGGAUAUGUUGCUUUUAAGACUAUGGUGGUUGUGACUGCCUUAGCAGGCCUGCUGGCAACUCUAGGCCUCAUUAGCUACCUCCGCAAGAAAAGAAUCAUGAUGUUAAAUCACUAA